AUGACGGUGUACCGCUGGUUAAAUGUCUCCGCCUACGACAGCAUGAUAGGCACAACGACACCGCAUCCAAACACCACGUCCUCAGUAUUCCCGCCGGUGACACUCCAGCCGAGUAACUCUACCAGCGACGAGGCGUACAUCGGGUUCAUAGCGGCUACCGUCGCCUGUGUGUUCUUCGGAACCAACCUUGUACCUGUCAAGAGAGUAGAGACGGGUGAUGGUAUGUUUUUCCAGUGGGUGUUCUGCUCGGCAGUCUGGUGUGUAGGUUUGGUGGUGAACGUUAUUCAGGGUUACCCCAAGUUUUACCCCAUCUCUAUGUUGGGAGGAUUUCUAUGGUGUACAGGUAAUGCAGUCACGGUGCCAAUACUGAAGACAAUCGGACUGGGGAUGGGCAUGUUGUUCUGGGCUUCUGCCAAUCUCCUGACGGGCUGGUUCAGCGGGAGGUUCGGCUGGUUCGGACUUAAACCCCAGGACAGGUUCACCAGGCCGGCGCUGGACUAUAUCGGGGUGGCAUUAGGUUUCCUCAGGGGUACCCUCAUGGCGUUAUUUGCUGGCUGUAUGUACGGUCUGAAUUUUGCACCGGUUCUUUACGCCCAGCAGCACUACAACGGAGCCACUGACGACGGACUUGACUACGUUUUUGCCCACUAUAGCGGUAUUUACGCCACAUCUACUCUGUAUUUCAUCCUGUACGCUGUCUACAUGAAGAACAGACCCAAAGUGUUCCCUAGAGCCAUUCUCCCCACACUUCUAUCUGGAGCCAUGUGGGGCAUCGCAGAGUCAGCCUGGUUUGUGGCCAACCAGAGGCUGCAAGAGAGCGUCAGCUUCCCAAUAAUCACAACGGGCCCAAGCCUUAUAGUGGCGUUAUGGAGUGUUUUAUACUUCCGAGAAAUUAAGGGCACACGGAAUCUACUAAUACUAGCGGUGGCAAUGGUUGUGACAAUCACCGGAGCUGUUCUAACUGGACUAUCUUACUAACACAUAUAACAAAGAGCAAUAUCAGUUUUACAUACAGGUCCUGUCAGUAUUACAAUUUCCCCAAUGGUUAAGUAGUAUUAAAGAUAUGAAGAGACAAGCCAAGCAAUAUAAACAAGAAAAAUUAAAAAAAUACUACGUACACAACUACAGGCUCAUACAAAUACGAGUACUUAAUUGAGUCAGUUAAAUUUCUACUGAUAUAUGACGGCAAGAACUGGUUAGUCCGGGACCAAG